GAGACACAUUCCAGCCGGCGCUCCAGGUCCCGGGUGGUGGCGGAGGAGAUGAGGAGAUGAGUGCCGAGGAGCGCGGCGUUGCUGGGCCCCAUAGCGUUGCCCUGGGAUAUGACACCGACACCGACGACCGACCGACUGCAUUACGAUCCCACUCACUCACUUUACUUGUAUAUGCCGCGGGACGAGGGUCUGCUGACGCGAUUGCUUUGUCGUCAAGGAAUCCAGGGUGGAGGAGCGGCUCCCGUAGAAAGCUGACCGACCAUCUGAGCAGCUGGGGCAGUUAUACAGCAAGAGGCAAGGUAUGUAUAAAGACGAAACGGGCACCACAGCAACCCGCAUCGGCCGCUCCUGCCUUUACUUGCCCCGGUUUCAACUGCACUCGUGAGGCAAGAGCGCAUCGUCAGUGAGCAAACACACACCUUCCGAUUAAGAAGCGGUCUAUCUUAUUAUACGGACUGCCCGCCGUGCCUGCCGACUCUGCUUUCCAAUCGCCUGCUCCUUUUGGCGUGGAAAGGGCGAUCCGCCUUCCUGUUGCCCACAAAACGCACGCCGCAGCCCGUCCGUCGCCUUUGUAAAAGGGGCAUCACCGGGCGCAUCGACAAGCGCUUCACUGGCUCAGUCGGCACAGCACCGUCGCGUCACGCCCCAUCAUCUCAGCAUUCGCCAUCGUUCAUUGCUGCUGACCGCUCCUCACGACUGCGCCCUCUCAGUAUCGGCAUACGAGCACGCGUACUUUGAUCUCUGCAUAGCGAUCCUCUAUAAACGCCCCCCCGUUCCCAGACGCGACGCACCAGCUACUUGGCUCGUACCGCGAGGCUGGCCGUCCAUCACGACCCGCUUCAACACCCAGCAGAUCACAGCCGGCUGGGUGGCCGUUUCACGAUCUCCUUUCAACUUGCCCCCGUUCCCACCUUUCCGCCGGCACGCGAGACGGACGCAAUUUCGAAUCCUCGCCGCGCGCCCACCAACCAAACGUUGCAGCACUACGGAACCCCUGCUUCCCCCAUACGGAUAAGCUAAGGUCAUCGGUCACCUGCAAGAUUCCACCACUUGCCGCGAACGUCUCUGUACCCGUCCUGCCUCGGAUCAUCUGUCACUUUCCAAACCGCGCAUCUUCCCUCACCCAGCGACGGCGCAUCGCCGGCCGGCCCAUCAUUUCUCGCCUCCGCAUUCUGCGAGCACGACGAUCCUUUCGACCGGCUGCGCGUAGAACACUUCAGCUACCGUUGUUCGAUACCAAUCACAGCUCGUCUGCUGCUUCUUCUUGGACUGCUUUGCAGCUCUUUCCCUUCCAUCCGCUCUUUCAUAUUCAGCACAUCACCGCCGCCGGACCCGGAGUCUUGCCAGCGAGCAUCGGUAUUCGUCAACUGCUGCGUCGAGAGCAUACCCGCCUGUCUAUUCACGCGAGACCUCCACCCCGAACCGUCGCAUACGAUUGACUGGUCGACCUGGCCUCACAACCUCUCCCUCGGGGGCCCUCGCAAUGACAAGCACGGCGAACGAGCAGCAAGUCUGCCGCGCGGCAUCACCAGAGACCUCGCCGACGCUAGCCAUUGGUGCCUGCCCUGAUCUUUCGCGAUGCGUUUCGACCGCCUCCUCCGCAUCUCACGGGUCUCAAACAGAUGUCGGCUCUCGCGAUUCCCUUGGCAGCGGGCUGACCUCGCGGAACUCUUCUGCGUCGUUCCACUCGCGACACUCAGACGUGUCCAACCUCUCCGCACAGACGGCAAACAGCGGUGACCGCAGGCCACGUCGCCGAGGCUACGUGCGCCCGCAGGCAACAUACUUUGCAGCGAGCGCCAGGUCACGGGAGAGCGUCAUGAACCUCGGCAGCAUCGCGCAUCUACAGUAUUACUUUGCUAGAACCGGCCUCUUGGAUGGCAAGGGUGGACAAUUGGCUCGCAAGAAGCAGAAUCAGCGCGCGACCUUGGACAUGUCCGCCUUGGAGGGACUGGGUGGCACCACCCCUGCCGUUGUGACGACCGAUGCGGACUCGUCAUACUCCUCCAUGGGCGGCAGCCCGGACCUUGGUGGAGGUGACAGAGAAGUAACCGGUCACGUUGUGUCUCCGCUCGAGGAGAUGGACGACGACUAUUUCGAGGAUAGCUUUGCCGAAUCAGACCCCGGCAUGCUCCCGCCAACCGUCAGCACCUACCACCACAGGUCUCCGCACGUACCCAAACCGCCCACGAUAGUGGAACUGAAGGCGGAUUUGGAAAGCAGUUUGCAGGACGCGGCCAAGUCACUCAAGGAGGUAGACGAGCGCAAAGCUGGCGUUUUCGACGAGGGAUCCCAGUCGCCCGAGUACCCAAACAUGCCCACGGCCAACACGCAAGGCUGGUAUGAACUGCAGGGCAUGCACAUUCUCGACGUCGUCACCCUCGCCAUUCGGGCCGCCAAGAUGUACUACACGGCGCACGAGCUUCCCGAUCGGCUCGACUCCAUCAAGCCGGAGAAGCAGGUUCGCGCCGAUCUGCUUGCAGUGAUGGAAACGCUGAAGCAAAUGGCAACGCGCAACUUCAAAGGCGGGAUGAAGGACGACGAGAUCAAGAUCAUGCGUGGCUGGAUCGAGAGCGUCUUUGGUAUCCUGCGAAAAGAGGAGGCGAUUGAGGCGGCGGAGAAGGCGGAGCAAGCCGGGUGGACAUGGUUGAGCGGUGACUGGCAUGGCCAGGGCCUGGAGAGGGAAAGAGCGUUUCUCCUGUCCAUGGACACAGAGUCGGAUCCGCUCCCGGAGUGGACGCCUGUCGCCGAAGCGGCAGAGGCGCCGACGCCGUUCCUCAAGGAGAUGCAAAACGGACUCCGCCUGGUCAAGCUGCACAACGCUGUCGUCAAGAAGUCUAGGAGGCGGUUUGGCGCGAUUCCGACAUUCCACAUGGACACGCAAAAGCCUUAUCGGUGCGCCGACAACCUACGGUACUGGGUCAAGGCUGCAGAGCUGCGCUUUGAGGUGAUGCUCAAGGUGGAUGCGCUCGGAGUGGCGCAGAACAGCGGGCCGCACGUGUGGCAGGAGUUCGAGGAUGCCAUACUCAAAUGGUGCCGCCACGUGCGAGAGGAGGUAACGAGCGAGCUGGUGAAGUGAGGGUCGCACGAGCACGCUGCAUGGAGAGGUGGGCGGCGGCGACGGAUCAGACGCGGUCAUGACUAAUGUCGACAUGUUGGGAGUUUGUCCAGGCUGGGGAUCAGGACGUCAUUGCUCUUUGGAGGCGCCCGGCCCGUCAGAGGCUGACCUCGUUGUGUUUGUUACAGCUCCUUUGUUUUGCAUUCAUCCUGGGCAUGGCACGCGUCGGGUUAUUCGGCCAAGCGAGAAGGACGCAGCCGAUGAGGCAUACUUGAUCUAACAUUCUAGCAUAUACCCAUAGCAUAGGUUUAGGGCGGCGGCGCAGUUGUGUUGGCUUCUUCUGUACAGACGCGGGGCCCGUGAUGGCAUCACGCGUGGUAAUGUUUUGAACAUUAGGUAUUGUGGUGGCUUCAGCGUCGUUGAGGGGUCCAGGUCAGGAGCCGGGACGGGAGACAUCCCAAGACUCUAGCACAUUCGAUAAUGUCACGGUGCGUGUAGCGGCUCGGCAUAUUCCAGCAUAUUAAUGUAUUCUGUAUUCUGAC